CUGUAUUCAAUUUUCAAGGUGCUUUAAAAGAAGAAAAUCCUGAAUUUAGAGUCUUGAGUCCAUUUAAUGCAAUGUCAGAAAAGGCUGCGGGAGAACCGGCAUUGCCUGGAGUGUUGGUGUCAGGGCUUGCGGGGCCACGUGGCAUAUGUGAGGAUCAUCUUGGAGAUCUGCAGAAGCACUUCACCCUCAUUACCAUGAAAGAGUUUUUGAAAAACAAAAACAAAUUCAGGGAAAAGAUCCAAGCUAUAUAUAUAUGGGGUGGAAGUCCAGUGAUCAGCCGGGAGCUCCUCCUGAGCCUGCCUUCCCUGAAGCUUAUUGCCAGUGCUGGCGUAGGUUUGGAUCACCUGGACCUGCCGCUCAUCGCUGGCUGUGGUGUGAAGGUGGCCAACACCCCAAGGGCAGUAUCCAACCCCACAGCAGACCUGGGGAUGGCCCUGCUGCUGGCCUCAGCUCGCAGGGUAGUAGAAGGGCACCAGCUGGCUGUUUCACCAUGCACAGAAGAAUUCUAUGUAAACUGGAUGGGGCAAGAAGUGUCUGGUGCCACUCUGGGGAUAGUUGGCAUGGGCACCAUUGGCUAUAAGAUUGCUCAAAGGGCCAGAGCAUUUGAAAUGAAGAUUCUGUAUCACAACAGGAACCGCAGGAAGGUGGAGGAAGAAGAAGCGGUUGGGGCUACUUACUGUGAGAGGCUGGAUGACCUGCUGCGGCAAUCUGACUUUGUGAUGUUAGUCUUGAGCCUGACGCCCCAGACCCAGGGACUGAUUGGGAGACGGGAGCUGCUGCUGAUGAAGCCAAGCGCCGUGCUCAUCAACAUUGGCAGAGGUCUGGUAGUUGACCACGAUGACCUGGUAGAAGCCCUGAAGAAUGAGGUCAUUAAAUCUGCAGCACUAGACGUGACGUACCCAGAACCCCUGCCAAGGGAGCAUCCUUUGCUGAAACUGAAGAAUGUCAUUCUGACGCCUCAUAUUGGGAGUGCCACUCACCAAGCCAGACGACAAAUGAUGGAAAAUAUGGUUGCAAGCAUCCUGGCUGCUCUCAGUGACCUUCCCAUUCCCAAUGAAGUGGUACUUAAAUGAUUCCUGUGAACUGAGAAUCUGCUCAGAUUAAAAAAAUGUCAGAUUAAAAUGGGGAGAAGCUGUA